GAAGAGAAGGCAAUCGAGAUAUAGCCAAGCUUGAACACGGAAGGUCGACUGGUUAUGAAGGGAAGGUUCGUGUUUAUCUCGAUAGUAAAGAUAUGGCUAAGCUGGAACACAGAAGGUCGACUGGUCAUGAACCACCUUUAACACAUACUUCAAUUUUGGAUACAAUUUCAAACGACAUCGAAACUAUACUUGCUGGCAAAACUCGAAAAAAUACUAAGGCAAAAGAAUCAGUAUUAAAUUUAUACGAUUAUGUGAUUUAG